AAGCUUUUCAAUUGUUCGUCCACAGCCGGAGCGGUGACACCUGUUGAGUGCCGAGCAUAGAAGGAUAAACGCGCGCGCUUCCUCACCACAUUCAUACCGCCGAUUUGUAACAAUAAACGGGAGUGAAUUGCUUUUGUUGCGAGUGAUUGUGAUUUUGUUCGUGAAACAAUUACCCGUUAUUGAAUUUUUCAACCAGCAUAUGGCAGCAAUCAGAAAAUCUAUAAAAACCAAUUAACAUGCGCGCCACCAAUUAAUGUGUUUGUGAAUACAAAAGUAAAUACAUAUGUAUGUGUGUGUAUUGAAGUUGGCAUAUUAUUAAAUUUCUGAAAAUUAAGCUCUUUCCAACUGAGUGCGUUGCAAAACUAAAAUGGUUGAAGAACGAUCUGCCGAAGCGGACGAUGAUCACACAAAUGUUGCUCGCACAGCAUCGGCGCUGAACACGUCGGGAGCUGAGAGACGCUCAUCGGCUCCGAAAUUCGGAAAUACAAAUCGGUGUAUAAUUGCCGUUAUCGUCUAUCUGGCGUUACUACUGGAUAAUGUGCUGUUAACUGUGAUUGUGCCCAUAUUGCCCGAUUAUCUGGCGACUAUAAAUAACCGGGCACAUAACACUCCACUGGAGAAGUUCAACGGCUACAACUACACAAACGAUGCUGCCAGCGUUGGCAUCGUCAGCCCUUUCAUGGCACCACCCAGUUUGGCUCAUCGCUACAUCGAUGGCGCACAACAACCCGUACAAACAGUUAUGACGAAGCAUCCGAUACCCGGCAAAUCGAUGGUGAUUACGCUUCCACAUGGCGAUGAUAAAGCGCCGUUUGUUUCUGCGGAACACAAGCUAUUGCGCUACAUGAACGCGGGUGCGGGGGUUGGAACAACAGCUGGGACACUGACAAAAAGCUCAACCAGCGGAAAUACCACAGGAGCCGCUGAUAAACCCAUAGGAAAACAUUUCGAUGAAACAAAUUUUAAUGAGGAUACGGCUCAUAGUGGCGCCAAUCACGCCCUGGGUACCACUGCAGCAACCACGGUCACCGACAGCAACCCUGACGGCAAGGACACGAAGACACACUCUGAUGCAAAUGAAAGUUUGACAAGCGAAAAUAGCGCCAUUGGCAUAUUGUUGUCCAUGAAGGCGCUGGUACAGUUAAUAUUCAAUCCGAUCGUCGGCAAUCUAACUGCCAAAUUUGGUUACCGUUUGCCGAUUGUGGCCGGCACAUUUCUGCUGCUCCUCUCUUCAUUGGUGUUCUCGGUGGGUGAGACUUACAUAGAACUGUUGAUAGCUCGCGCAAUUCAAGGAGUUGGUUCGGCUUGCAUUGGUGUGUGCGGCAUGAGUCUCGUGGCACAACACUAUCCAGAGGAAGACCGUCGUUCAAAAGUGAUGGGCAUAAUUUUGGGUAGCAUUGCUUUGGGUGUGUUGCUGGGAUAUCCUUUCGGCAGCAUACUUUAUUAUUUGAUCGGAAAGUCAGCACCUUUUAUAAUACUGUCUACAGUGAUAUUUCUGAAUUUGGGAAUGCAGCUCCUAACUAUGGAUCUCUCCAUUCAACCCGAGGUUACAAUUGACAAUGAAGAACAGCGGCCAAAAUGGCGUCCUUUGCUCGAAAGUAAAAUGAUACUCGCAAUUGUUGUGGCAAUUUGGUUUUCCACCUCAACAAUGGCUAUAUUGGAGCCCUGCUUGCCCAUUUGGUUAAUACAACAACUUCACGCCACCAAAUGGCAGUUAGGUACGGUGUUCAUACCGGAUUCCGUAGGAUAUUUUAUUGGCACGAAUUUCUUUGGCACAUUCGCCUAUAAAUAUGGACAAGUAAAAAUUUCAUGCAUUGCCCUGUUGUUGGUGGGCAUUUCAUCCAUCUUGAUCCCCAGCGCAACAACAGUCAGUCAACUACUGUUGCCACACUUUGGGUUAGGACUGAGUAUUGGUGUAAUUGACGCUGCCUUGGUGCCGUUAUUGGCCACUUUUGUUGAUGCCACUUUAGCGCAGGAAGAGCAAGGCGACACUGGUGGCGGCAAUUCCAUGUCGAGCUAUGGUACAGUCUAUGCCAUCCAACAGACAUCUGUCAGCUUAGCUUACUGCCUUGCUCCUUUACUUGGCGGUGAGCUGGCACAAACUUUUGGUUUCUCCUGGCUAAUGCGCAUCGUUGGUUUCUUCAAUAUAUGUUACGGCCCAGUUUUGGUGUUUCUUCAUCAAAAUUAUAAUCCGAAAACUAUGCGUGAAAAGCAUAACGAGCUAUUGCUUAGGAACAGCGGACGGGACUCUCAAUACAAACAGCUUUACAAUUCGAUCGACAUUGAGUAAAAAUGCAGCGAAGGAUCACUUGCAUUAGAAAUCUUUUAAUGUUUUAUAUCAUUUAUUUCGAACAUAUUGUAAAUAACAUUAGGUGUAAAUCAUUUAAAUGUCGAUUAAAAGUUAAAAUACAAGUUGGA